CUCUGAGGAGACGCAAAACUUUCUCGCGACACCCGUCAUGGCGCCGAGGCUGGAGCGCGGCGGCAGCGGCUUCCAUCUCCCGAACUCCAGGCAGGAGGACUCCCUCUUCCUCCGCGCCCUCAUCUCCGUUGUAAACGGAGACGCCGUCGUCCCCACGCUGCACCUCGAGCCGUCGUCGCCGCACUUUGCCGCUGCAGUUCCUGCGUGCGCCAGCUGCGGCGUGGACGGGUGCAUCGGCUACAUGUUCGCUGCUGCGGCGGCGCCGGCCGGCUCGAGCAGCGAGGGCGAAGGAUGCUCCGCCGCGAGCUUUGUGAAGGGCGGCGGCGUGGGGAAGAUCACGCGGAGGAGGAGCCGGAGCAAGUUCAGGGGCGUGAGGCAGCGGUCGUGGCGGAAGUGGGCCGCGGAGAUCCGCGACCCGCACCGCGCCGUGCGCAAGUGGCUCGGCACCUUCGACACCGCCGUGGAUGCCGCCCGCGCAUACGAUCUCGCGGCGCUCGAGUUCCGUGGCCACGGCGCCAGACUCAACUUCCCGGCCGCGGCCGCGUCGUCGUCGUCGUCGGCUUCUGUUUCUGAUUCGUCUUGGGCGGCUGCGCAGUCGUAGAACUUGCCGGGCAGUUCUCGCGAGAACUGGGGGUCAAAAUGUGUCGUCGCGAGAACUUGCCGGUGUAGGUAGGACAACUGGAGGCGAGGGAGCAGAAGAUCAUGACGCUGGAUAAUGACAACUUUGUGAUCCAUGUUUGGAUGAUUAAUUCAUUCGCAUAUUUGAAAGGAUGCUGUUUAAUCCGAAUCAAUAUUCGUCGGUAAGCAUGGCGACCUGUAGUCGGCGUAGCCGCUGCCAAAGCCAGAGCACGUGCUUCAGAAUUUGCCUAUCUCCCCGUGACGCCACUCCCUCUUCUUCAGCUUAUUAAUUUUCGCGGGU